AAAAAACCUUAUUUACUUUACAUACAACAAUAGUUUAGUUAUAUAUUCUAGACGUAUAGAAAGAGACCUUCUAAAAACAUUAAAAUGUAUUACUGGCACGCGAAACCUUAAAUUAGAGUGAAUAAAUGAAGACUCGGCACACCACUUCUGAAAGGUUGCCGACCCCUGCUUUACGACAUGAUAUACAGACCAAUACUCCUUGCACAUGUUAAUGGGAAUCAUCAAUACAUUCUGAUAAAUUAGUGGCCAUCAUACAUUCAAAAUAACCCUUAUAGACAAUGUAGUAUAUGAGGAAAGUGAACAGGACCAGCCAGAAAUUUUCAUCUGAGAAAGAGCCAGAUUUCAUUAGAUUGACCAAAAUGAAAUGAUAUUGUUUUACCCUUCAGAUACCUUACAUUUAUAAGAUGCAUUUAGUCUUGAGGGAUUCCAAAGACUCUAGAAAUAUAACCAACUGAAAUACAAACAAUGCAUAAGGACCUCUUCACUCCCUGAAAUGCAAAUCUUCUGUAGGAUGGCACAUGGCAAUUAUACAAACACUGUGCAACCGUAUAGGACUGAAAGUGAAGGAGAACAGGAUAGCCAAUUGAAACCAGAGAGGUGAAUUUAGGUAGGGAAAUGUGACCAAUCUAGCGGAAUUUGGCCAAGACAUCUGCAGUAGCAACUUCCAUACUUCUGUGGCAAUUGCAAUGGGUUUUUAGUGACCACAAUGGGUUAGGACCAAAAGAGGUAAGGUACUAUUUUGCUAGAAGUACCACCACCAUGCGAGCAGCGGCACCGGAGGCAGCAAACAGGGCGGCUAACAGGGGAGUUUGAGAGGGAGUUCGCAGGGGGAGGUAAAGGGGGAAGGAGGAGGGCAUGGCGUGUUGUGUGCUCUGUUUCCCCAGGUGCCGUGGGCAGAGACCACAGCAGCCAUGAGCCAAGCAGCAGCAGACAGAAUGCAGAUGGCAGCAUGUGGAAGCUGUGGUAUGUAUAUAGUCCUAGCAGGGGACCUGGAACAGAGGUAUGUUUGUAUGAAGUGUCGCCUUAUAGUGUUACUGGAGGAAAAGAUUAAGGGGCUGCAGAUGCAGGUAGAUACCCUGGUGGAGUUUAGGCGGGGGUUUGAGCAGCUGAUGGAGGACAGGCAAGGCGGGGCUGAAGGGGAAUGCUCUAGGGUGCAGGAGAAGGCAGUAGUAGAUGACAGCGAGAGGGGAAUGGAAGGGGGAGAACAAGGGAAGUGGGAGCAUGUGACUGUGAGAAGCAGGCCAAGGAAAAGGAGGGCCAGUGAGGGGAGAAUAGAACUCAGGAACAGGUUUGGGUGUUUGGAUAAUGAGGUGGAGGGGCAGCAGGUGGUGACUGAAGGUGGGACGUUGAGGAAGAAGAGAAGAGCAGCUAGUCCAAUAGAGAGAGGGGAGGUGAUGAUGGAGACAGCGAAAAACCUGGGCCCCCAGAGGAUAGAGCAAGGCACAAGGGGGAGUAUAAGAGAAGAUAGGAACAGACACAGGUCAGGACUAGAGGGAUCAGAGACUAGAUUACUAGAUCGCAAUGUUGCCAGGCAACGGCAGGUUUAUGUAAUUGGAGACUCUUUACUGAGGAGAUUGGACAGGCCUGUGACCAGGGCGGACCCGGAGAACAGAAGGGUGUGCUGUCUACCGGGCGCAAAGAUACGCGAUGUGGACCUGCGGUUGAAAAGGAUCCUAAAAGGAGCAGAGAGAGGGCUCACCCAGCAUUGGAGUGAAAUACAGCCGCUUCCUUGCACCAAUACCACAUAAGGACGCGACAGCAUCCAGCUGCAACUCCAGGGGCUUUUAGGUAAGCACCAUGUGAACGGUGAAGAUGUGGCCACGACAACCCUACUCUUUGCGCACACAAAAAACCCCGCGGGAUCUUCAUGAAUGCAAGCGGGUUGGAGGCUGGCUUGUGCGCAUCCCGUCCCGAGGCGAAUAGGGAAGGGGGACUGGCGGGGGAGCAGCCUAGUGGCGGGAGUAAUGGCACCCCCGCUGCCCGUGGUGUAUUAUUAGCCCCAGAGGGAGGAUGUAUGAGGCCGGGGUCACGAGAAUAGGUGAAGGGAAAGCCCAGGGUGGGGAAAAGGUGGCGAGUUCCCUAAGGCCGGCUCCCAGGGAAGUACCUGGGGGGAAGGGGCUUAGUCACAGACCUGUACUGUACCAAGUACUUUCCCUCUGGUGAUUACAAAAAUGAGGGGAGG